AUGUUAUCUGAAAUUACUCUCGCCAGAUACGCCAUGUAUUAUGAAGGAAGCCUUGGUUAUGAACUUGAGGAAGACAAAUUGGGCAUGACUGUGAGUUCUGGUAGUGUAACACUCCAGAAAGACUCACAGAAUUUGAUCGGCAUAAGCAUUGGAGGUGGUGCCCCACUCUGCCCUUGUCUUUAUGUUGUGCAAGUCUUUGAUAAUACCCCUGCCGCUAAAGAUGGUCAGCUGGCUUCUGGAGAUGAGAUUGUUGGAGUCAAUGGUCAAAGUGUCAAAGGCAAGACUAAAGUUGAAGUGGCCAAAAUGAUUCAGGCUAUUAAGGGAGAAGUGACCAUUCAUUUUAAUAAGCUUCAUGCAGACCCCAAACAAGGGAAAACAUUGGACAUUGUCCUAAAAAAGGUGAAACACAGAUUUGUAGAGAAUAUGAAUUCCAACACUGCUGAUGCCCUAGGUUUGAGCAGAGCUAUCUUAUGCAAUGAUGGGUUGGUCAAAAAACUGGAAGAACUUGAGAAAACGGCCGAAAUGUACCGCGGUUUGAUUGAACACGCCAAAAAGUUGUUAAAAGCAACAUUUGAACUGUCUCAGUCGUACAAAGCAUUUGGCGAUGUCUUUGCCGCAAUUGGUGUACGUGAACCGCAACCAAGAGCCAGUGAAGCUUUCUCUAAAUUUGGAGAGGCUCACCGUGACAUGGAAAAGUUUGCGAUCAAGAUGGUUCGUACUGUGAAGCCGAUGAUCUGUGAUCUUCACACUUUUCUGAAUAAAGCUGUGCCUGAUACUCGUUUGACCAUCAAGAAAUAUUUGGAUGCUAAAUUUGAAUAUUUGUCCUACUGCCUGAAACUAAAAGAAAUGGAUGAUGAAGAAUACAGUUACGCAGCUCUGCAGGAGCCUCUCUACCGUUCUUACUGCCUCCGUGUGAAAGAAAUGGAUGAUGAACAGAUAGAGUAUAUUUCAUAUCAGACUUCACUGUAUACAGUAUCAUCAGGAAACUAUGCAUAUAGAUUGAUUUUGAGAUGUCGUCAAGAUGCAAGGACACGUUUUGCCAAAAUGAGAGCUGAUGUUUUGGUCAAGAUAGAAUUGUUAGACCAAAAACAUGUACAAGACAUUGUAUUCCAACUGCAACGAUUUGUAUCGGCCAUGUCUAAAUACCACAACGACUGCCACACGGUGAUGAAGGAGGCUGUCGUCUUCCCAAUUGAGGUUGAUCUUUCUCGGGGAACAUUUACUUAUGAUCAAUCUGACCAGUUCAAUGAUGAAGAUGAAGAGAUUGAGGAAGGAGAGGAAGCAACCGGCGAGGGCAUCAGUGAUCCAUCCUCAACCAGUGAGGGAUUGAUUGAUUUGAUGAGCACUUAUUAA